AUGCAGGAGCCAUCGGUGGCGGCGUCGAUUGCCGAUGUCACCAAUUCCGGAGUACCUGUCAGGAAGCCGAGGAAGUCUCGCGGUCGCGGGCUGAGAACGACCACCGGAUGGUAUGUCUCCGUUCUUCACUUUCACAUGCAAAGAAAUCGCAGACUGCUGUAUCGGGAAGGAGCACAGGUGUGCACGUGCGACGGCCCCUUGGUGUGCGACCUCUGCGCAGUCUUAACAUGACGCCAACGCCAUACAUUCAUCAACAUGCAGAUUGCGUUCUUGAGGAUGCACAAGAGCUCGAGAGACAAUGUCUUGUGUUGAUGGCGGUAUCGAGGGCAUCUGUUUGCACUCUGAACUUGCGCUGUUGCUCGCGGUCAUUCAGCACGACUAUUCCUUUCAGUGGUCGUUCCUUGAGUGAUACACUAAUGUGAUCUCUAGCUCUAUCUGUCGCAAGCGGCAUAUGAAGUGCGAUGAGGUGAAGCCAGUAUGCGGACCUUGUUCCAAAGGCAAUCGUCCUUGCGUGUACGGAGCGCUACCGGCAGAGAUCAACACUGCGAGCGCGAACCAUGGCAUCUACCGGGUGAACUCCGUCUCGUCUGCUGACACUCCAGGUGCUGGCGAUGCUUCCUCACCGUAUCGGAGACCGCAGACAAGUUUCUCCUCCGCCUCGGAGCCACACACGAGGAAGUCGAGCAUUUCCGCAAGGCAAUGGCCCACAACUCCUACAGAAGAUCUUCAAAUGACAAGUCCCCAGAGCAACUACUCCAACUCCACUGGAUACGGCACUGAGGUGGCUCCGUUACGAUGGUUUGGCCUCCUGGCCGGGGACGCAGGAUCUCUCGAUCCGACAUCACUGGAAACAUUGGGUGAUGCUGCUCUGGCACGCCGCCGCUGUGAGCUUCACCCGCAUGGAGUGGCUGUAUCUGAUUCGCGACGGGCGAGUCAACCCCUGCCAGGUCUCGCUGAAGGCGUAGCGCUCCAGAAUCCCUCAAAGCUCCUUCAGAUCUCUGCAAUCUCGCCACAGCCGCUGAACGGGGAUGUUGAUGAGCGCCAGUUUUGGCAGGCGGCCGAGCCGGUACAGCUGAAGGAUCACGAGUAUGACAUCUUCCAGCGGUUCGUGACAGGUGUGAGUCUCUGGAUUGAUCUAUUCGAUCCCAGAAAAUAUUUUUCCGCCUUCGUGCCUCAUCUGGCGAUGAGGAAUGAAGGACUCAUGAAAGCUGUCUUAGCUUUAGGGGCUCGACAUCUUUCGAUUAAGCCCAUGAGUAGCGGCGAAGCAAAUAUCGACCGCACAGCUGCGGUUCAGUAUUACUACGAGACCCUGCAAUACCUGCAGAAUGCUAUGCGCUUCACCUCGUACAAGAAUAGCCUGGAGCUUCUCGCGACGGUCCUGGUUGUCAGCACCUACGAAAUGAUCGACGGGGCUGGUAAUGGAUGGGAGCGUCAUCUCAAGGGGGUAUUCUGGAUCCAGCGUAGCCGUGAGAUCAACGGCGAAUCUGGUGGUCUUGAGCAGGCGGUCUGGUGGGCCUGGCUUCGACAGGACGUUUGGGCUGCAUUCCGGGAGCGUAGGCGUUGCUUCAGCUUCUUCAAGCCCACGAAGCCAUACCAUACCAUGGACAUGUAUGACAUGGCAUCGAGAGUCGUGUAUAUUCUUGCUCAGGCUGUCAACUACAGCUCGGAUGAGGAGAAGCAGGUAAGAAGACUUGCAUGGGAGAUAGAUGGUGAGUCACACUCAUUGACACAUUUCAGGGCGGCGAAGCGGAUCUCCCCAGCCGCAUUCUCAAAGCAAACAACCUCCUGAACAUGCUUGAAGAGUGGAGAGGAAGUUUGAGCGUACAUUUCGAACCUCUCCCGGUCGAGGGACCAUCAAAUCGAGCGUUUCGUCCUCUUUGGGUCCACCCGCCUGCUUUUGGAGUGUCUCUUCAGAUGUACUCCAUGGCACGUAUACUGCUCUUGAUCCACCAGCCAGCCGCAGGAGGGUAUCUGGAGUAUCUGGGUCGAGAUCGCAUCAUUACGGUAAGCGGAGGCCCUCUCUCAUUUUUGGUCUAUUCGAUAGUAACAGUGUGCAGGAUUGUAUUGAUACGAUUGGCGGCAUUGCUCUGAAAUUGAGCGAUGAUGCGUCGCGCUUAAUGUCGACCCAAUGUCUAUUUGCCGCGGGCCUAUAUUGCAAUGACGAAGCCAAGCGGAAUUGUAUCGCAGACCUUAUUCGAGACCACCACGGGCAUACUGGAUGGCCUGUCAACUACGAUCUGGCAGGCGAGCUCCACGAAGAAUGGUCGAAGCAGAAGCCUGGCUGA